AAAAUUGGCGGUAUUACGGUAACGACUUUACGCUGAUCAGGCUCUAGUUGUAGCGGAAGUACUGUGGUUUUGCAAGAUCCUGCCCGUUGUAAACGAACCCGGUUACAGGAAGAGGACACGGCGAAUGGAAUAUGGAGUGUAUUCAAGUAACUCUUGAUGAUCUUGAAGGCAAAAAGGAGCCAGUCGUAGAGGACCCAGAGCACAAUGUGUACACCAGGUUUAUGAAGUCCCAUCGCUGUUAUGACCUCGUACCUACCAGCUCCAAAUUGGUUGUGUUUGAUACAUCACUUCAGGUCAAGAAGGCAUUUUUUGCACUUGUUUCCAAUGGGGUGAGAGCAGCGCCGCUGUGGGACAGUAAGAAGCAGUGCUUUGUUGGUAUGCUAACCAUCACAGACUUUAUUAACAUCCUUCAUCGCUACUACAAAUCUCCAUUGGUGCAGAUAUAUGAGUUGGAAGAGCACAAAAUUGAAACAUGGAGAGAGCUGUACCUUCAAGACUCUUUCAAGCCCUUGGUUAGCAUAUCACCAAAUGCAAGUUUGUAUGAUGCAGUAUCAUCUCUGCUGAAGAACAAGAUCCACAGACUGCCUGUAAUCGACCCCCUGACAGGAAACACACUCUAUAUCCUCACGCACAAGAGGAUCCUCAAGUUCCUGAAGCUUUUUAUAUCAGAGAUGCCAAAACCCUCGUUCUUGCGUCAAACCUUAGAGGAACUGAACAUAGGAACAUUCCAGAACAUAGCGGUGGUGCGCACAGACACACCUCUGUACACGGCGCUGGGUAUUUUUGUUGAGCAGCGAGUGUCAGCGCUCCCUGUUGUGGACGACAAAGGUCGAGUGGUGGACAUUUACUCAAAAUUUGAUGUCAUAAACCUGGCAGCAGAGAAGACGUACAACAACCUGGACGUGACUGUGACAAAAGCCCUGCAGCACCGCUCCCAGUACUUUGAAGGAGUGUUGACCUGCAAUAGGCACGAGACCCUGGAGGCCAUCAUCAACAGACUGGUGGAGGCAGAGGUGCACAGGCUGGUGGUGGUGGAUGAGCAGGAAGUGGUGAAGGGAAUCGUCUCCCUUUCAGAUAUCCUCCAGGCACUAGUGCUUACAGAUGGAGAUGAGGGCACUGCUUGAGGAAGUAUUCAAACAAGGAAAGGCCACAGAGUGUCUAGAGCAGAGCAGAGAAAGAACAGGCAUGUGAGAGGGAAAUUAUGACAUAAUACUGAAGUAUCAUCACCCAUCUCCAUGUAAACAUUGCAAACCUAUAUUCACACUUCUCCCUCUCUGCAAAAAUAUGAAGUUCACCACAUUUCAGCAACUCAGCAAUAUAAAAUUGUAGUAGUACAGGACAUAUCGGAACUCCUGUAAAUCGAGCCAAAUUCCACGCUUCCUGAGAGAGCCGAGAAAGUUGCAAAAGCACAAGAAACCUCCGAAGAGGAGCUGCAGUCACUCAGGAUGACCAGCAUCAUUCCACAUCUGUGGCUGCCGUGCUGAUCAAUGUAGAGGACCAUCCAUUAUGACUUUGAUCACCAAGGUAUUCCAGAUAAAAUAAAUGAAUUGUUAGAUAAAACAAGUAAUCAGUUAGCAGCUGAAAGAAAACUGAUUGUAAAACCUGUAUUGCCUUUUGUUGGCAACAUUUCUUCCAUUUGCAUCGAGGUAGAUCUGGUUCUGGAUGCAAAUCAGUUUAUCUAAGUGUAAUUUUAAACACUGUGUAACUUUCUCAGAUCAACAUUUUGAGUUUGUUGUUGUUCUGGCAUGUUAAGACAUUCGCCUCAGCCCUGUUCUUUUCUAACAUCAUACAAGAAGAACAAUGUUUUCCAGCUCAGACUUUGAACAACUUCAAUUUGCACAAUCUUUGUGUGAAGAUUGUACAAAUUAUUUAGUUUAAUUUAUCAUUCAAACACUAGGCAGACCUUGGAGACUGUCAAUAGACUGCACCGCGGUUUUUGAAAAUGAUUUCAUUGACGUAAAACAAACAGUCGUCAGUAAACAUCAGGUCAUGAUUUAACUAAUUUUGUCGAAGUCCGGACUUUUGUUGGUUUCAAAUCCUCCUCCAACAAUAGCUCUGGAUCAAUUUAAGGCCAGCUCAGAUUAAUCCAAAAAAUGGUAUUUUAUGUUCAAUUAUCAUAGUUACCAAUGUGGAAAGAAUUCAAAGGCUCAGGUUAUAAUCUGUUGUGUAGCCAGACAGUAAAGCACCAAACUUGGAAGAGCACUUUAGGCUCCUAAAACAACCUCACUGGUAAAGUCCAGAUGACCGUUCAGUUGUGCUGUUUGAAUGCAUAACCUCUACAUAUUUAUGGGUUUUCUGUUUUGCCGUUUUGUUUGUUUAUAUAUAACAAUGUAUAAAGGAUUGUACAUCUCACUUUAGAGCGACAUUUUUCUGCUUGUUUUGUUACCCACACUUUGAGGUUUUGGCAUUAUUAGCGUUAAAGGGAUUUGCUUAUUGCUUCAGUGCUGCGAAAUCUCAUAUUUUUCUUUUGGAAAAGUAGAACUUCAUUUGAAUACACAUUACCAGUCUUUGAUAUUACUCAUUUGCAACAAAACUGGUUUCUGAUUAUUGGUGUGUUAUGUUGACGUCAGUAACGACAUGUUUGUGUGUUCAUCAGUUUACGUCUUUAUCAAAAAUCACUAAACACCAGCAUUUCCCUUCCAUUUUCUUCAGGGGAUAAGCAAAGGAACAUGUCACACUUCCUGUUUUGGUAUACAUGAAAUGGACAACUGUAUGUAAAUGCACAGUUUUUGUACUAAUCUGCAUCAAGAUUAUAAUUUAAAGGAUGAGCAAUAAAGGUUCUUUGAGAGUUUG